CAACAUGGCUCGGUCGGUGACCGCGCUCAGCUUGUUAUUCAUAAACAUAGCGUACGCGGAAAUAUUAACUCCGCCAUACUUCAACUUGGCGCAAGGCAAGAAGAUCACCGCGACCGCCACAUGCGGCGACGAAGGGCCGGAGCUAUACUGCAAGCUAGCUGGCGCGAACACCGACGGCGAUGAACACGUGAUACAAGGACAGAUAUGUGACGUGUGCGAUUCAACAUCGGAUUCCAAAAAUCACCCGCCAGAAUAUGCUGUUGACGGAAUGGAAACCUGGUGGCAGAGUCCGCCCCUAUCCAGGGGGAUGAAGUACAAUGAAAUCAAUUUGACCAUUGAUCUCGGACAGGAGUUCCACGUAGCAUACGUGUUCGUCAGGAUGGGCAUUUCACCACGUCCAGGGUUGUGGGCGCUGGAGAAGUCGACAGAUUACGGAAAAACCUACAAACCAUGGCAGUAUUUCUCAGAUUCUCAGUACGAUUGUCAACUAUAUUUUGGAGAGGAGAGUCUAAAACCGAUAACACGGGACGAUUCUGUCAUCUGCAGCACUGAAUACUCCAGAAUUGUUCCCUUAGAAGGUGGAGAGAUCCCAAUUUCUCUACUCAACUAUCGGCCAUCAGCAAAUAAGUAUUUCAACUCAUCGGUUCUUCAAGAAUGGACAAGAGCUACAAAUGUCAGACUUCGAUUGCUAAGGACCAAGAACAUGUUAGGUCAUCUCAUGUCGGUUGCUAGGCAGGACCCUACUGUAACCAGGCGGUACUUCUACAGUAUCAAAGAUAUCAGUAUUGGAGGUCGUUGCAUGUGUAACGGCCAUGCAGACACGUGCGACCCGGCGGAUCCGGCCAGUGAAAGCAAUAUACUAGUCUGCAGAUGUCAGCACAACACUUGCGGCCCCCAGUGUGCUGAGUGUUGCCCCGGCUUCGAGCAGAAAAAGUGGAGAAUUUCACAGAAUUGGGACAGAUUCGAGUGUGAACCAUGCAAUUGCCAUAACCACUCAACCGAAUGCAAGUACGACCCUGAGGUGGAUGAGAAGCAUUUAUCUCUGGAUAUCCACAACAAACUUGAAGGAGGUGGCGUCUGCCAAAACUGCCAGCACAAUACAGAGGGUAUCAACUGUAAUAAAUGUAGACCUACCUUCUACAGACCACGUGGAAGCACCUGGGACAUGAUUGAUGUCUGUCAACCCUGUCAAUGUGACCUGCACUACUCAACCGGAAACUGUGCUGAAGAAACUGGGCAAUGCGAAUGCCGGAAGGAGUUUUUGCCGCCAAAUUGUGACGCAUGUGCGUACGGAUACUUUGACUAUCCAGACUGCAAGCCUUGUACCUGCAAUCUGAAUGGAACUGAAGGAAAUAACUGCACACCUAUAGGUGGGCUGUGUCCCUGUAAAUUCAACUACGCCGGAGACUCGUGCGAAAUUUGUGCGGAUAGCUUUUAUUCGCCAGAAUGUAAAAACUGUGAGUGCAACAAAAUCGGGUCCGUAAGCCAAGUGUGCAAUAAGGAAACCGGCCAAUGCGAAUGCAAGGGCAAGUUCAGCGGCCGUACAUGCAACCAAUGCGAAGCUGGAUACUUCAACUACCCUACUUGUAAACACUGUAACUGCGACAUCAGUGGAACGGAAAAAAGCGUCUGCGAUGACAUUACGGGUCAGUGCAUCUGUAAAACUGGAUUCGGGGGAGCGCGGUGCGACCAAUGUAUUGCUGGCUACUACAUGGAGGUAAGGGGUCGCGAUCGGCUUUGCGUACCAUGUAACUGUUCUCCAACCGGCUCCACAUCCACGAGCUGUUCCGCCGACGGAAAGUGUAACUGCCUCAUUAACUUUGGCGGCAAACAGUGUGACCAAUGUUCCCCUGGCUACUACAAAUUUCCAGAUUGUUUGGCUUGCAAUUGCGACUUGUCGGGAUCAUUGGGUUCAACAUGCGACGAUGAUGGACUGUGCCACUGCAGACCAAACUUUGACGGGAGCAAGUGUGAUCGAUGCAAACCACAAUUUUACAAUUACCCAGCCUGUGAAGAGUGUAAUUGCGAUCCAAGAGGAGUAGUUGCGUCAUUUGCUGGCUGUGGAUCAGUACCUGAAGGAGAACUCUGCCUAUGUAAAGAAAGAGUGCAAGGCCGUAUAUGUAAUGACUGUAUGCCGCUGUUUUGGAAUCUCCAAGAUUACAACCCGGUUGGAUGCGAAAAGUGUAGUUGCAAUGUGUCGGGUACUCUCGGGGGACUUGGUGUCUGUGAAACCCGCAGUGGUCAAUGUACUUGCAAGAUGCACGUCGGCGAGAGACAGUGCGAUCAGUGCCAGAACGGUUUCUAUCAACUCGAAUCUAAUAAUGUAUUUGGAUGUACGGAAUGUGACUGUGAUGUUGGUGGAUCAAUAGAUAACAACUGUGACAAGUUAACUGGACAGUGUCACUGCCAUUCGCGUGUGGAAGGUCGCCGGUGUGACCGUCCCAUCCAAGCCCACUACUUCCCUACCCUCCAUCAAUUUCAAUAUGAGGUUGAAGAAGGUCUCACACAGUCAGGGCCAGUUAGAUACAGGAAUAAUGAGCGGGUGUUCCCAGGAUACUCUUGGAAGGGUUAUGUGGUGUUCACGCUUCUACAGAACGAGGUAAUUAACAUCGUGCAUAUAUUAUCGAAGUCCUCGCUGUAUCGUAUGGUUGUAAAAUAUGCAAACCCGCUCCGUGACCCGGUCAUUGCAACCAUCAUCAUCACACCAGAGAGUGUCGUAGAUAUUACACAACAGCAAUUUAGCGUGUUACUAAAACCUACCACGGAGCCCCAAUUGGUCACUGUUUCUGGUGAAAAAGGUCUAGCUCCAGCUCCAUUCAUUAUGAACCCAGGCAACUGGACAGUCACAAUUAAAACCACAAAGGAAGUCAUGAUUGACUACUUCGUAUUAGUGCCAGAAGCAUACUAUGAGGCUACUGUACUUACCAAGCUAGUGGAGAAACCAUGCAUUAUUGAGGACAGGGAAUUGUGCCGUCAUUAUGUCUACCCUAGCAUAGCUGGACGUCCGAAGGCAGACAUCAACACUCUAACCACCAGUGUAACGGCAUUUAUUGAAGGAGAACAGCAACUGAAGGAAUUAAACGUGGAUCCUAAUACCAUACCAUUAUUGAACAAUGACCAGGAUGAACUGCAGUAUGAUAUAAAGAUAGAUCCACCAGGAAGGUACCAUAUUCUAAUCGAGUAUGUUACUCCAGUGAGCCCUGGAAGCACACCAGAGGGCCGUGAAAUGUUCAGUCCAAGGAAUACUGCGACGAUUCGAUUCCAGUCAGGCGACGGGCCCGAGUCCUAUGCUAUUGUCAAUCUAAAUAACUGUCCAUACACGUCACCGUGUCGACAAGUUGUUGUGAAUGAUUUGUCGAUGAUAUCAGCCUUCAACGUCAUAGCUGCCAAUAACGUCAUUUAUUUAAAUGGUGAGAGGAACACUUUAGCAGGUAUCAAGUCGAUUAUAGCGAUACCAGAGUCGGAAUGGAACUUGGACUACAUCACUCCUCGGCCGUACUGCUUACGACGUAAUGGACGCUGUGAACCAGCCGUCUUCUCGGCAGCAGUCGAUUCUAAAAAGGUGGAAAUUGAAUCAGGAUCAGGCGGAGAUGCCGUCACUCGUCCGCCUAUCCUGGACAAUUCGACUACAGUCGUCUACCUGUCGUCUAGCACAGAGCCGGUCGUAGUGGAAACAAAAGUUCCGGGUCCAAGCGAUUACAUGUUCGUGGUGCAUUAUUACCAACCAGAUCAUCCCCGUAGUAAUAUUGAUGUCAAACUUGCGAUCGAUGGCCAACUUUAUGAGGCGACGCUUCCUGUAGAGCAUUGUCCCUCAAAUUCCGGUUGCAGAUCUUUAAUACAACUAGGCGACGACAGAAAACAGUUUCCCGUUAAUGAAAAUAUCAAUAUCACCUUUUUGGGAGAUAAGAGCAAAGGUGUCUGGCUGGAUUAUAUACUAGUGGUAGCUUCACCUGACUUCGUGGAUGGAGCUCUUAAGGAAAUAAACAUGGUAGACAACACCCAACAGUUUAUUGAGAAUUGUGCAGCUAACCAUUACUACAUUAGUCCCAAUGAAACUGGUUUUUGUCGCGACGCCAUGUUCUCGAUCACAUCGGAGUACAACAGUGGCGCACUUGCCUGCAUGUGCGACAUCAUGGGUUCCACUGAGUUGGAGUGCAAUACCUUCGGUGGACAAUGCCCAUGCAAACCUAACGUAAUUGGACGGGCGUGUACCACUUGCAGGACAGGAUACUACGGCUUCCCCAACUGCAGACCCUGCCAUUGCUCUGAUGCGGCAAUUUGUGAUGAUAAUGGUAUGUGUAUAUGUCCGAAGAACGUGCAAGGUGAUAAGUGCGACAGUUGUAAACCACUUACAUUCAAUUUCGACAUGCAACGCGGCUGCGACGACUGUAACUGCAACCGACUCGGUGUUAUCGGCAACCGGUUGCAAUGUCACAAUGAAACAGGAAACUGCGACUGUAAAGAGAACGUGAUUGGGCGUGUGUGCGACCAUUGUGUGCCUGGUCACUAUGCGUUCCCUGACUGCUUGCCGUGCACAUGUGACCGCGACGGUACCACUGACGACGUCUGCGAUCAGAACACCGCUCAGUGUUACUGCAAGAAGCAUGUAUAUGGACAGGCUUGCGAUACCUGCAGAGAAGACUACUUCAACUUACAAGAUGAGAAUCCAGAUGGCUGUACUAAGUGCUAUUGCUUCGGAAAGACCACCAGAUGCUCCAGCUCCUCACUGUAUUGGGCAGAGAUCAAUGGUAUGAGCGACUGGUACCUAUCGAAUAUCGACUCAAACCGUACCAUAAAUAUAUACCCGUUGUCGCUAGAUCCGGCACCAAUAAACGAUACCGCCAUACAGGCGAAUCUGCUCGGUACCGGCGAUGAUAGUCCCAAAGUUCUUUACUUUGGAGCACCACAAUAUUAUCUUGGUAAACGUCUUACAUCGUACGGUGGGUACUUGACUUACUCUGUGCAUUACACGGCGAGAUAUGGCGGCCGUGCUGCAGCCGCGCCUGACGUCAUCAUCGGAGGUUCCAGCGGCUACCUGAUCCACAACAGUAUCGAGCAGCCUCCCGCGCUGACAACUUGGAGUCAUAGCCUUAAGUUGUCAGAAGACCAGUUCACCAAUUUGGACGGGUCGGCGGUCACUCGCAAUCAAUUUAUGAACACAUUAGUCAAUGUGACCAGUAUAUAUAUAAGAGCAACCUACUGGCACGAAACCGUAAAUACUGUACUAUCGACCGUGUCCCUAGAAGUGGCGAUUCCAGAAAACGAGUAUUCAAAAAGAGCAGACUCUGUGGAGGAAUGCCAGUGUCCUCAGGCUUACAGGGGGCUGUCUUGCGAACAGUGUGCCAUUGGCUACUACAGGCUUAGCUCAGGACCGCACGCGGGAUUGUGUGUGCCCUGCCAAUGUAAUGGACAUUCCAGAGAAUGUGACGUUAACACUGGAAUAUGUUUGGAAUGUACGGAUAAUACAAUGGGUGAUCACUGCGAGAUGUGCAUCCUAGGUUACCACGGCAAUGCAACAGUUGGCACGCCGCUCGAUUGUCUCAUCUGCGCGUGUCCCAUACCAUACGCUUCUAAUAACUUCGCGAUUGGAUGUGAAUUGAGCGAAAAUGGAUCGUUGAUAUCAUGCGAGUGCGAGCGUGGCUAUGCCGGCGCAAGGUGCGACCACUGCGCCGCUGGAUUCUACGGCCAGCCGGAAGUUAUAGGCGAUAACUGCAAACCCUGCAACUGUUCCGGAAACAUUAUCGAAGAUGACGUGGGCUCCUGUGAUAGUAUUACCGGGGAUUGUCUGAAGUGUGUGAACAAUACAGCAGGGGCUGCUUGCAAUCUGUGUGCGCCAGGAUUCUACGGAGAUGCCAUCUUUUCUAAAAAUUGUACCGCAUGCAUAUGCGAUCUUCUGGGUAUGGACCACUGUGACCCAUCGACGGGUACUUGUAUCUGCCGGCCGGGGGUCAUCGGUGAAAAGUGCGACCUUUGCGCACCGGACCAUUGGGGACUAGACAGCGGAUAUGGCUGCACGCCUUGCGACUGUGGUCUCGCUUCACUAUCCAGCCAGUGUGAUGACUCUACCGGACAGUGCAGAUGUGCAAAAGGUGUCACCGGCAGACAUUGCGACCAGUGCGCGGCUGGAUAUUGGAAUUACACGAAGGAAGGGUGCGACCAUUGCAACUGCAACACUGGUUACUCACACGGGUUCACGUGCAACGCGACCGGACAAUGUGAGUGUCUGCCGGGAGUCAUAGGCGAGAAAUGUGAUCGCUGCCCAGAACGAUGGGUGCUCAUACCUCACAAGAGAUGUCAACAGUGCGACUCGUGUACUGAUGCACUUAUAUUCUCAGUUGAGGAUAUGACAGAUUUACUGGCCAAUGAAACACAAGAAUUCAAGGACAAAGCAGACUCGUUCUUCACAACGCAGCGUCUUAACUACAUAUCAAACCAGACCAACAGUUUAAGACCGCGCGUCGCUGAACUUCGUAAUGUGGACCUGGAUAACGUUACCAACAAAUUGAAGACUGUGGAGGAUACAGCCGGAAAAUUACUAAGAUCUGCUGAAUAUACAGCGGGUGAUAGUGACGCCCUAGUUGGUAAAGCGGCCGAUCUAGCCGCUGAAGCUGACAAAGUACUAUCAAUUGCUCGGGAAAGCGGCGACAGUGCAAAGGAAGUUGUCACUCAUGUGGUCAAUUUGGCGAAAGGGUUGGAAGUCAGUCAGCAGCUUAAGGUUGAUACAGCAUUGGCUGAAGCAAGGGAGAUGAAGAACUAUAUAGCAGAAAUUGAUUUAAUCCCGAAGACGCAGUCAGCCAAUAACGUGUUUGCAAAUGCUACCAAUCAAAACGAAAGGAUAAACGUAUUCGUUCAGCCCGUCUAUGAGCAAGCGAAGAAAUUUGACGCCUUGGUGAAUGCUACGCACGAUUUUAAGAACAAAUUAGACAACCUCUUAGAGUACACAGAUAUAGCGCAGCACACCGCAGACAUCGCCGACAAACUCAACAUUAAGAAUAAACAUUCGAAAUUUGGUGAAAAUGUCCAAAAAGUGACAAACUUACACGAAGCCGUCAUGAAAAACCUUAUAAUAUAUGCAGCACAGUACACAAACAAUGCAACUACGUACAAUGGGAAGGCGCGUGAUACAAUCGCAGAUUCUGAAGCAGCACUGAAAGAACUAUCCGAACAGAUUCAACUGGCGGAAGACACGUUAUCGAAACUAGAAGUCGAACUGCCUAAGCUAAGAGACUUAAAUGACGCAGUGAACAGUCAUACUGCCAAUUUGAGUAACCAAGCAGAUAACCUGCGAGUUUUAGCCGAACGAGAAAACAAUAAUAGUCGCACACAAGAUGCAUACAGGGCUGCUUCGGCAUUUUCAUCAAUUGUUCAGGAAAUUGGCGAUGCCAAGAAAGCUGCGGACGAGGCUGAGGGUGUUGAUAGAAGGACCACAGAUAUUAAAAAUCUGCUAAUAAAUCGGGUGGACCCGGCCCGUGACCGUUCACAAAUACUACUUGAUGAAGCGCAGAAUGCGAUGGAUAUAGUAAAUAAUAAUUUAGGUCCUAACCUAACACUGGCUGAGACUUUACUAGAGAACGCCGCGAAAACAUUACAGAAUGCAGAUGACAUAAAUGGUGCUAUAGAGCUUGAUCGCAGUGCUUUACCGACACUUGGCGCGUCCGCUCUAGAAGAUGAGGCGACGAAGGCAGAGAAAGUUAACGCAACGGUAAAGAACACGUUGGAGAUAAUGUCAGAGAUCGGCAGGAGUCUCUCAGCCAGCAAGGACUGGUCGCGCACUGUGCCGAAACAAGCUAACGAGGCACAAGCGCGCAUCGCCAAUAUCAAACAAUUGUUGGCGAACGUGACAGAUUUGUAUGAUAAGAUAAUAUCAAAAGAAGACACAGUACAAACAUUGCAAAAUAUACAUAAUCCUCUGCGCCAGACUGCCGACCACAAACUGGAGGAACUCAAAAAAUUGAUCGAACAGGCAAGAACUGUUGCAAACCGAAUACAAGUGGGAGUAAGUUUCGACAGCCAAUCGACACUACAGCCGCGACUACCUGACAACCUGGACGAAAUCUCCACCUCGACCAAUGUCUCAGCCUACUUCCGUACCAAGAGGAAGGACGGUUUCCUCCUAUAUCUUGGCAAUCCUAAGGGUACUAAUCUAAGGAAAACUAAAUCUGACGACUUUAUGGUACUAAGCAUACGGAACGGCUAUCCGUAUUUAACGAUGGACAUUGGCGACAGCGCUAAUGGUCGUGAGCCAGUAAAAAUUACCAGCGAUAAGUUUGUCGCUGACAACAAGUGGUAUCAAGUCAUCGUUGACAGAGUGGGCCGUCAAGUCAAAUUCUCGAUACGGGAGACCUUAGAUAACGGCACAGAGUUUACUCACUCCAAAGAAGCUACAUUGCCUGGUGUACAUACGAUCUUCAACUUGGAUCGCCAGAAAUCACAACUGUAUGUAGGUGGCGUGCCGCCCGGCAAGUCACUGCAAGGAGUUGAUGUACGAGACUUUGAGGGGCAGAUCGAAGAGCUCAUGGUUGGAAACACUCCUGUUGGUUUAUGGAACUUCAUAGGCGCGUCCGAUUUGAAGGGAGCCAGGCAGAGGGACAAACUAUUGAAAACAGCUACUGGACCUCAAGAGUACCGCUUCACCGGGUUUUCGCAUGUUAUUAUAUCAGGCGGCGGUUACCUGGUUCGGCAGAAGAAUCAUAUCCAAUUAUUCUUCAAGACAUACGCGUCCGAUGGUCUCAUCUAUUUUGUUGGGGAUAACAACGAUUAUUUCUUCUCCGUGCAAAUGAAAAACGGGAACGUAAACUUACUGGUAGCACUUGGCCCGAGAGAAGAAGAUAUUGUCAGCAUCCACACAUCGAAGGCCUACAACGAUGGCAAAUGGCAUAAAUUGGAUGCAGCAAGAUACCUCAGCAACUGCUCUCUCAAGGUGGACGGGGAUACUCUCAGGACGGUGUCAUUGUCCUCUAACACAGAUAUCCCAGCUGUUAAUAUGAAUUUCGGUGGUUUGCGAUACAAAAACAUAGAAAGAGUUACGGAUAAAGGAUUUGAUGGCUGCAUCCGACAAAUAAGUAUUGACAGAAUUAACGUUGAACUCAGCGACUCCAUUGAAUCUAUAGGAGUAGCGUACAAGUGUCAGUUUUCAUCAUUGGUGUCGUUAUCUGGGGAAAGUAGCUAUCUGCGCUACAAUGACAUUUCGUCCCAGAAUGCCCACAUAACGCUCAAGUUCAAGACGUCUGAACCAGAUGGACUGCUGUUCGUGUACGUCAGCAGAACGCAGACGAAUAACGAUGACAGCAUGUCACUCUCUAUUAUUAACGGUCAAUUGGUGCUGAGCAGUAAACGAGAGCGACUCGACUCCGGCCUGAAUGUGUACAACGACUCUCAGUGGCACGUAGUCACUGUCACACAUGGUGAGAAAGCACUCACGAUGAGUAUAGAUGACUAUGAUUUCUUUAGCACAGAUACAGCGCCGGAUUCUCUCAGCAUCCUAAACGGUGUACUAUUCAUCGGCGGGGUUCAGCCGGGAUACAUAAUCAGCGCUAAGGUCGGCUCCAAGAAACCAUUCCGGGGAUGCAUAGCGGAUGCUGCUAUCAAGGGACUAGUACUCAAUCUCUUGUCACCGUAUAAUAAUAGCAGCAUCACCUUCGGAAGAUGUGGAGAUAUUACUUAUUUGGGAGGAGUGCCAGGCGAUGCGUCCUGGGCGACACCGGCGCCACCCGAAGCUGUACUGCCCAUUCCAAGACCACCACCUGAACCUGAAGCUGUGCCAGAGCAAACCGAGAUACCUGUUACGACAGUACAAAAUCUUCCGCAUCUUCGAUCAGGCGUCUUUGAACCGGCGCAUACAAUUGGACUUGAAACGACGAGUCAACCACUGACAACACUAGCGCCCACCACGCCGAGACCUCGGCCUCGACCUGAACCAGGGUGCUCGCUCGCAUAUGACCCAUACUAUACCACGGGCACCCCUGCGGAGGGAUAUAGAUUUGGCACUCGCAACGACAGUCGCAUUGAGUACGCGACACUGCCGGGCCGACAACUGGACGUGUUCGACUUGACCAUCAGUUUCCGCACCUUCGACAGUCACGGCGGCCUUAUGUUCUAUGCUGCCGCCGAUUUUAUGCCCGAACAAUUUCUUGCUGUCUACAUGAAAGAUGCAAAGGUGCAUCUCUCCUUCAACUGCGGCGAGCGCACCGCAACGGUGGCAUCAACUCAGCUAUAUAACGACACAGAAUGGCACACUGCUACUAUCGUGCGGAACGGUGGUAACGGCAAGUUGACCAUAGACGGCGAACACAUAGGUGAUGCCAGCGUGCCUUGCUUCGAUCCCGCUGUACUCUCUGCACCUUAUUACUAUGGCGGCCUGAGAAAUAUUACCACGUAUUACAACGACAGCGUGGGUUUCUAUCAGACGUUCAUGGGUUGCCUGAAGGGUCUCAUGAUGAAUGGACAGUACGUGACAGAUAUUCUUUACCGAGUCAACUCACUGCGCUGCAUCGACCAUGUUGAGGACGGCAUCUACUUUGGACCAACUAACGAUGGACACAGCAGUUAUCUGAAGUUGUACUCACGCUACAAUGUGGGUAACGAGAUUGCAGUGUCCAUGGAUGUGAAGCCGCGUAAUACAACUGGACUCUUAUUCAGCGUACAUGGCAGGAGAGACUACAUGAUCAUAGAACUACUUGAAAAUGAGGUUGUUGCCAAAGUUGAUAAUGGAAAAGGUCCAUUCCAAGCCACUUUCAAACUCGGCAACAAAUUCUCACUGUGCGAUGGAAAGUGGCAUAAAAUUCAUGUCGUUAAGUCGCGACACGUGGUCAGUGUCGGUGUGGACGGCCACUUCUCCGAUGCUGGGAUUGGACAGUCCCCCUCUACUGAUACUAGGUCUGGCCUAUACAUAGGUGGUCACGAAAAGCCUAUACACAGAGUGAUGGGAGCGCGGGCGAGAAGGGGUUUCGUAGGCUGCAUCAAGAACAUAAAGAUCAAGGAGCAGAAUGUUCCAAUCUCCCUGACCGGAGCUGGCAGGAAUACCCAUAUUGGCGUUUGUCCCAACGAUUAAUCUUAUUUUUUAAUGAAAUUCAUUCAAAUGUUAUCGACAUCUUCAAUUACCUUCCUAUUGAAUAGAAUUGAUAUAUGUCCUAAAGCUUAUCUAUAGUCGACGUUCAAUGUACAGUGACUUCAUUACAGACAAAAUAGAUAUUGUAAAUUAAGUAAUAGGAGUCUAUGUAUCCAAUAGCAAUAAAGUAAAUUCAUAAAAGAAAUAAUUUGAAUAUAAAUUUUAGCAUGUGUUAUUUAUGUAAGACAUAUAUAGGGAAUUUUGCCGACGAAUAAAAUUUAAUAAAGGAAAUAUCACGAUCGACAUUGCAGGCCUCACAAAUCGUAAUAUUUAUACAGACUAACCUAACUAGAUUUUAAUACGAUAAAUGUAUAAUUAUCCAUGUAAAUAUAAUUGUAAUGUAAACUUAUAUCAUACUCGCUUUAUAUAACAUCCUAAAUGUUACACUUUAAGCGAUUGACAUUAACGCCUAUUUACAGUUGUACAUGUCACUAUUAAUAUAUAUAUGGGAAUUGGCAUUAACAAAAUCUCACAGAAAGAAAAACGUCAUAACAUUAUUACAAUAACUGUCAUAUACAAAGUUUCUUUUGUUCAUUAAAUUGUUAUUGGAAGACAUUGUGCAAACAGAUUUUACUUGUAAAAAAAAUAUUUAGUAUUGUGUUCUCUGUUCAAUAUUCAAAUCGCGAAAUAUUUAUAAAAUUGUCUUUUCCUGUUAAUUAAACUACUAUAUAUUACUAACUAAUAUGCACUGACUAAUAUCAAAUAAAUGUAUAAAUAUUGUGAGAAGUUAAAAUAAAUUUGUUGUUUAAUAGUACUUUCGUACAUAAAAUAAUCAG